AUGACGGCAGCUGUUCUGCCAUAUCGACCACCAGCUGUAAAUCAACGAUAUUGCUCCACCGCCAAAAACAAUGAGCUACCAAAUACCAGUCCAGAGCCAUUUCUAACUACAGCUUUCACUGAACACAACGACCGUGAGCCGGUCCCCAAAACCAUCAGAGCAGUUCUCGACUCCAAGACUCCUGUGGAGGGGAGAAGCCUCAUCAUUUGUCUCGAUGGUACGGGUGACAAAUUCGAUAGCGACAACAGUAAUGUUGUCAAUUUCGUUGCAUGUUUGAAGAAAGACGACCCUAAACAAGUAACUUAUUACCAAUCUGGCAUUGGGACUUAUGAUGGUUCUGGAAUGAAAGAUGGAUUCUCGGCUUCAAUGGACAUGGCGAUUGGGAGUGGACUUGGGAUCCAUAUCAAAGAUGCAUACCGUUUCUUGAUGCAGAAUUACCGGGAAGGAGAUAGGAUCUGUUUGUUGGGUUUCUCCAGAGGAGCAUAUACUGUUAGAUGUCUUGCUGGCAUGCUCCACAAAGUUGGACUCCUCCCUGCCGGCAACGCAGCACAAAUAAAUUUCGCGUACAACUUCUACAAAGACGACAGCAAAGCAGGGUGGUCCAUGUCCGCCGAUUUCAAAAAGACCUUCUGCACCAAUGUCGAGGUUUAUUUUGUGGGAGUAUGGGAUUGCGUCGCUUCUGUCGGAUUCAUCCCACGCAAACUUCCCUUCAGCAAAUCCCCCACAAACACCAUCCACUUUUUUCGACAUGCAAUGGCUCUCGAUGAACACAGAGCCAAGUUCAAGAUCUGUCAGUUCUCGCAUCAUGAUCCGGCUGGUGCUAGUAGAGCUCCUACGAUUGACUUCACAAAGAUCAAGCCACCAAAAGACCCACGAGGGCCUGUGGUGAGAGUAAUUGAGGCAGUCAGAAGCUGCUUCAGCACCACUAAACGACAAGCGGUAAGGAAAGCGCAGUGGGACCAGAUGUCCAACGCCUCUUCCAGCUCUAACCUCCGGAAAGAGAAACAAGACAGGUUUAUGAGGAGAUUUGAGGAACAAGAACAUGGGCAUGGUAUGCACAAGCACAUCGAGACCGAUGUAUGUGAAGUAUGGUUUGCAGGAGGACAUGCAGAUGUCGGAGGUGGUGCUGUCCCUAACCACGAACGUCACAUGCUUUCUCGCAUUCCGCUUCGCUGGAUGCUCCGCCAAUGCUUCGAAUGCAACACCGGCAUUAUCUUUUCCACCGCCGCAUUGGCAGAAACAGGAAUCGACAUCCCUACCAUCUACCCCCUCUACCAAAAGCUCAAAAAGCCCCUGGUCGGCCCAUCUCCAGAUGUUGUAGAGCAGUACGAAGCCGGUGCCUUACCACCUCUGAAAGGAAGAAGUACCGCUUUUGGUGUGGACGAGCGCAAGAAAGAACCCGGCGUGGAGAGAAAGAGUCACGGCCGGAGUUACACAAAUGGAUAUACAAGUGGAACCCAGCACGAGAAAGACUCUUUCGAUCACGUUAACACGAAUAAGACAAAUGACAGAGGGGACAUUUACAACGCCGAUCUUUACCGCUCAGCAGCCCACCCCUUUCACGUCAUCGAUCUUCUUCCCGAACAAGUCGAAGACCACUUCGAUGCCCGCUCGCCACUGAACGACAUGUUGGCUAUCGCGAAAGGGUGGUGGCUGCUUGAGCUAUGGCCCGUCAAGGUAUUUGUGGAACGGAAAGAGUCUGUCACAGGCUGGGGGAAGGUUGUUAGGAUGAAUAUGGGGAGGUAUCGAGCGAUUCGGGAGAUUGAGCCGAAGAUGCAUUGGACUGUGCAGUGUAGGAUGGAGGAAUGCGGGUAUCGAGUAAGAAACAGAGUAGAUGGAAAUGCGGUUUGGAAAGUUGCGACUUAA